AUGGCCUAUCCUGGCGCCGGCGGAGGCUACUACCAGCAGCAGCAGCACCAGCAGCAGCAACCGCAGCAGUAUGGCGGAGCACCAGGGGGACCUGCGUACGGCCAAGCUCAAGAUCCUAUGUUUCAAUAUUUUACUGCUGUAGCUGGCCAGGAUGGGCAAAUCGAUGCAGAUGAACUGCAAAACUGCCUCACUCAAUCUGGCAUUUCUGGAGGCUACAAGCCAUUUAAUUUGGAGACCUGCAGACUUAUGAUCUCCAUGUUGGAUAGAGAUAUGUCGGGAAAAAUGGGUUUUAAUGAAUUCAAAGAACUGUGGGCUGCAUUAAGUGGUUGGAGGCAGAAUUUCAUGGCCUUUGACGGAGACAGAAGUGGAGCAGUGGACUUUCAAGAGCUUCAGAGAGCCCUUGAAAGCAUGAGAUUUAGAUUAAGCCCCCAGGCACUGAAUACAAUUGCAAAAAGAUACAGCAACCAAGGAAGGAUUUCGUUUGAUGAUUACAUUGCCUGUUGUGUGAAACUACGAGCCCUUACCGAAACCUUCCGACGACGAGAUGCAGCCCAACAAGGUGUUGUGAAUUUUUCCUAUGAUGAUUUCAUACAGUGUGUAAUGAGUAUCUGA